CCGCGCCUAUAGGCUUCCCAAAGCCCUCUUUGGGGUACCGAAAGAGGGUUUGGACAGAUGCCAAGGAAAGACGGACUAAGAGCAAAGCGGUCUGGGGCAGCCAGACGGGAGCCAGACGAGGCUCUUCUCGCUGGGCGAGGCUCUUUGAGGAACCGAGAGUUGCUGGGACAGAGCCCGCGAAGAGAAAGCAAACAGAGCGGCGCUCCCCUCCCCCGACCCCGGCCCUUUGUCCGGAAUCCAGCUGUGCCCCGCGGGGGAGGAGCGGGCUCGCGUGGCGCGGCCCCCUGCCCCCGACGCUGAUUGGCCGGCGGCGCGGGCCGCAACCAGGCAGGCACGCUCCUGGCCAGGGCCGAGCAGAUAAAGCGUGCCAAGGGGCACACGACUUGAGGCUCGGAAAAUCCGAAUGGUCUGGCAGCCGCUCCAAAGACAGCAACGGUGGCCCGGGACCCCCUCGCGUUUCGCUUCUCUGGGGCUGAGGAAACUUCCAGGCAGCGGCGCCUGCGUCUCAGUUGGGCUUGCUGACGAAGAGGCCAGCUCCUCUCGCCAAUUGCUCUCGCUGCCCCCCUGCUUGCUACCCUUUUGCGCGCGAGAACAAGGAUGGCGCCUCAUCCCCUGGGUGCGCCGACUGUCCAAGUGACCCAGGAGACAGAGCAGCCCUUCCAGGGCGCCUCGGACGACGAAGUGACCUGCGUUGCGUCCGCUCCGCCCAGCCCCGCUCGCGUGCGAGGGAACUGCGCGGAGGAGGAAGGGGGCGGCUGCCGAGGGGCCUCAAGGAAGCUCCGGACGAGGCGCGGGGGGCGCAGCCGUCCCAAGAGUGACUUGGCUCUGAGCAAGCAGCGACGGAGCCGGCGCAAGAAGGCCAAUGACCGCGAGCGCAAUCGAAUGCACAAUCUCAACUCGGCGCUGGACGCGCUUCGCGGCGUCCUGCCCACCUUUCCGGACGAUGCCAAGCUUACCAAGAUCGAGACGCUACGCUUCGCGCACAACUACAUCUGGGCUCUGACUCAGGCGCUGCGCAUAGCAGACCAUAGCCUCUAUGGGCUGGAGCCUCCCGCACCGCCCUGCGAGGAGCUGGGCUGCCAGGACGGCGGCUCCCCGGGAGACUGGGGCUCCCUCUACUCCCCGGUCUCCCAGGAGGGCAGCCUGAGCCCCGCCGCCUCGCUGGAGGAGCGUCACGGGCUGCAGGCGCCAGCCUCCCCUGCGGGUCUGCGCUCCGGCGCCCUAGCUUUUUCAGACUUCCUAUGACGGGGCCUGUCGACCGCUGGGCGGUGGGUGCUUGCGGGGGGAGGCGGAGGCUGUCAGGGACGCCUCGCGGCUGCCGCGGCCCCAGCGCGAACUUGCUCCUCCAGUUUCCGGCUCGCUGACACCCGGUGCGCCCAGGCGCCUAUGAGGGAGACAGGCUGGAUUCAAUCCCCCCGGCUCUCUGCACCGCGCCAACUUCAGCCUUCUGUU